AUUCCCAUUCUUAUACCCUAGCUAACCCCAAAAGCUCGCCGGAACCGCCGCCAUGUCUUCGAAGGGCAAGAAGAAGCAGAAGCCGUCGGUGUCCCCGCAGCCGUCACCUCGUACCCCCCUCUCUCGCGCCCGUGAAGGCACCGGCGGCUGCAUCCUGGACCUCCCGUCCACCGCUGCAGCGGCAGCGGCGCGGUACCCGGCGCUCGUACCCCGCGGAGGCGCCGGUUGUUUCACCGGCACCGUCUUCGAUGUGGUCUCCAGGGGCGGGAUUCGUGGUGGCGAGGGGAGGCUCUGGCUCUCCGGGGACGCCAUGGCCAGCUCCGGGCUGCGGCAUGGGUGUCUCGUCUCUGUGUCACUCAUUUCUUCAAGUAGUAACAGUUUAGAUGAAUUCCCACUUGAUAGCUUAUUUGAGGAGUGCACCAGAUUCUUUGAUCUUGAUGUGGACAAUGAUCUCAUCUCUAAUGAAGCUGGGGUGAACUUUGUGACUGCCAAAGUUUUCCCUUCAUGUGAGGUUCAAAAGAAUGGCAUCAAGCUCUCUUGGGACCUUGCCUGCACGCUGGGAUACCCUGUAGUAGGUCGUCCUUUGUUAAUUAGCCCCCUAUAUACAUCUCAAGCCCCAAAACAAACUGAUGGUGGUGAGUUUUUGAGGGUGAUAAAAUGCAGCGAUCUCUACCUUAGUCUAGUUCCACCAAAAGUUGCACCAUGCAGCCAUAAUAAGUCAGAGUCUGAUUGCCAUCCUGUAAGAAAUGUGAUGGUUAUGGAGUCACCUAAAAGGAUUCCUUCAACUUCUCCAUGCAGAAAUGAAUCCCAUCACGGUGCAUCUUACAGUGGUUCUUCAUUGUGCUUGGAUCAAGCCACUGCAAAAUCAGUAUUGGCAGAUGAUAAAAUAAAUGACUUGCUGCAGACUUCUGCAUCACGGUGGCUCAGUGGUAGGCACUUACUGAAAGGAAACUACGUUCCUCUCCCAAUGUGCGGGAAACUAUCUAUGUUUGUAGUUUUGCGUGCAGAAACAGAUGGUUCUGCCCUGGAUGUAGUGCAUGAGAAAAACAAUUCAAUGUCUAAUGCAGAGGUCUCUGGUAAAUUGGUUGAAACCCCUGCUUUGUUCCUUGUCAACAGAACCACAAAAGUGCACCUUUCUGAUUUGUCAUCUUCAAAGGAGUUUGGGUCAGAUAAGCUAGGGCUCCCACCAGAAUAUUCCGUGUGUGCUGAUACAGGAAAUGAAGAUACCAAUCCUAACCAAAGGCUUGGUGGGUUAUCUGAAGUAUCAGCAAAAGUAAAAGAAAUGAUUUCAUUUUCGCUGGCAGAUCAAAUUAGUCUGCCGAGGAAUGGUUUGCAUGAUUUACCAAGGUAUAAAGGUAUUCUUCUUUAUGGUCCACCUGGAACAGGGAAAACCUCUCUUGCUUCUUCAUGUGCCUAUGAUCUGGGAGCCAAUCUUUUUACAAUCAAUGGACCAGAGAUCAUUAGUCAGUAUCACGGUGAAAGUGAACAAGCAUUGUAUGAUGCUUUCACUUCAGCUAAGCAAGCUGCACCUGCUGUGAUAUUUAUUGAUGAAUUGGACGCGAUUGCUCCAGCCAGGAAGGAUGGAGGCGAGGAGUUAUCUCUUAGAAUGAUUGCCACUCUGUUAAAACUGAUGGAUGAGAUUGGCCGUAAUGAUCGUGUUAUCCUGAUUGCUGCUACAAAUCGGCCUGAAAGUAUUGAUCGUGCAUUACUGCGCCCAGGAAGAUUCGAUCAAGAAAUUGAAAUAGGAGUACCAUCUCCAGGACAGAGGCUGGACAUACUUCACCUCCUUCUAAGUGGAGUUCACCACUCUCUCACUAGUGAGGAAGUUGAGUGCCUUGCUUUUGCCACUCAUGGAUUCGUGGGUGCUGAUCUAGCUGCACUCUGCAACGAGGCUGCAUUGAGUGCUCUUCGCCGUUAUAUCAGUGUAAAAGAAAGUUCAACUCAACCACUUGGUGAUCGUGCCACACAUGCAGAAAAGACUAAUAUUCAAGAAAUUGAUGGCCUUUUGGGUUAUGAAAUAAGCUCAUUAUCAUCAUCUCUCUCAAAGUUAACCAUGUCAACGGAGGAUUAUAGCUGGACCAAUAGAGGUGAUAUCAUAGAAAGUAGCGAGCUGAAUGAUAAGAAAGAUGAGUUGCUAUUGUUGGUGAUUAAAGAUGACUUUGAACAAGCUAAAAUGAAAGUUAGACCAAGUGCAAUGCGUGAGGUAAUGCUAGAGCUUCCGAAGGUACAAUGGGAGGAUGUUGGUGGUCAAGCCAGGAUUAAGAAGCAGUUAAUUGAAGCCAUCCAGUUGCCACAGAAAUGCCCAGACGCAUUUGAACGCUUAGGGAUCCGCCCUCCUAGAGGAUUGUUAAUGAUUGGACCACCAGGUUGCAGUAAGACAUUGAUGGCUCGCGCCGUAGCUUCUGAAGCAAAAAUGAAUUUCCUUGCAGUUAAGGGUCCUGAGCUUUUCAGCAAAUGGGUCGGUGACUCUGAGAAGGCAGUGAGAUCAUUAUUUGCGAAGGCGAAGGAUAAUGCGCCUGCAAUAUUAUUUUUUGAUGAAAUAGAUGGGCUUGCAGUAACUCGUGGCCAUGGAAAUAAUGGCAUAUCUGUUGCUGAUAGGGUACUCAGUCAGCUGCUACAGGAAAUGGAUGGUUUGGACCAAAAGAUUGGUGUCACUGUUAUUGCAGCUACGAAUCGUCCUGACAAAAUCGACAUUGCACUUCUGAGACCAGGUCGUUUCGAUAGACUGCUUGAUGUUCAGCCACCAGAUGAAGCUGACCGUGAAGAUAUUUUCCGGAUUCAUACACGCAGCAUUCCCUGCAGUCACGAUGUUAAUCUAAACGAACUCGCUAGACUCACAGAAGGCUACACCGGUGCUGACAUAAAGCUCGUCUGCAGGGAAGCCGCUGUAGCUGCUCUUGAUGAGAACUUUGACAUCCCAGAAGUAGCAACUACACACUUCAAGUCGGCAAUCGACCGAGUAAGUCCAUCAGAUAUGAAGUUUUACCAAGAACUCGCGGCACGAUUCCGCCGACUCGUUGAUGACACAGAUAAAGCAACAAUGCCCGGAACACAUACCGAACCUGCCAUUUAGUGGCCCAUAAGAUUCUUCUGUCUGUACAUAGCAGAGAGCAGUUCACUAAGCUGUAUGCACAAGACUGCAAUCCUCAUUUUUGGUAGUGCCAGCUAUGAUAUGGGAUCGGCAAGAGAAAUGGGCGUUAUUGCUUGGUCUGCAGUCGUUUUCUCUUCACUUGGUUAUUGUAUCUAAGCCUGAUGUUCACAAUGAUUCUACUGAUCUGCUCCGAAGAAUCCAUGUUGGCCUUGCCAAACAAAAGGAAAAAGGAAUCCAUGCUGACAGUUGUACUAUGAUCUUCUCCAGCAUUUCAUGCAGCUGAUUUCUUUUUUGUAUUUUUGGUUCUGGUGAAAGCUAGUAGUGCAUGUCAUGAGUUUCAUCCUUUUCAUGGAUCUCCAUCUGAUCUAGCAGUACUAAUUUUGUAGUGGUAGCUCUUGAAAUAGAGGAUACUGAUCACUAAACAAUUGCCUGUGCAAUUUCAA